GGGAGAAGCAGGCUCCAUGCAGGGAGCCUGACGUGGGACUUGAUCCUAGGUCUCCAGGAUAGGCUCUGGGCUAAAGGCAGCGCUAAACCACUGAGCCACCGGGCUGCCUGAGUGCUUUUAUUAUUGAAGAAUGUGAUCUAGUAAUUGCACUUCUGGGUAUUUACCCCCAAAAUACAAAAACACUAAUUCAAAAGGGAUACAAGCACCUUUAUGUUUAUUGCACCAGUAUUCACAAUAGCCAAAUUAUGGAAGCAGCCCCAGUGUCCAUCAACAGAUGAAUAAAUAGAGAAGAUGUGGUACGUGUAUAUAAUAGAAUAUUAUUCAACCAUAAAAAAAGAAUGAAAUUUUGCCAUUUGCAACAACACGGAUGGAGCUAGAGAGUAUAAAGCUAAAAGAAGUAAAUCAGUCUGUCAGAGAAGACAACCCGAUUUCAUUCAUAUGUGGAAUUUAAGAAAUGAAGGGAAAAGAGACCGAGAAAAAGACAUGAGAACUGAUGGUUACCAGAGGGGAGACUGGUGGGAGAAUGGGUGAAAUAGGUAAAGGGGAUUAAAGAGUACACUUACCUGAUAAGUAUUGAGUAAUGUGUAGGAUUGUUGAAUCCCUAUAUUGUAUAACUGAAACUAAUAUAGCACUGUAUGUUAACUAUACCAGAAUUAGGGCAGCCCCGGUGGCGCAGCGGUUUGGCGCCGCCUGCAGCCUGGGGUGUGAUCCUGGAGACCCGGGAUCGAGUCCCACAUCGGGCUUCCUGCAUGGAGCCUGCUUCUCCCUCUGCCUGUGUCUCUGGCUCUCUCUCGCUCUCUCUAAGUGAAUAAAUAAAUAAAUCUUUAAAAAAAAAAAAAACUAUACCAGAAUUAAAAUUUUUCAUUUAAUGAAAGUUUUUAAAAACUUCAAAGUUUUAAAAGGAUGAAAAUUAAAGAAAAAAAAAAGGAUGAAAAUGAUAAUGGAACACCUGGGUGGCUCAGUCAAUUAAGCAUCCAACUCUUGGUUUCAGCUGGGGUCAUGAUGUCUCAGUAGUCAAAUUGAGCCCCUCAUCAGACUCCAGGAUCAGUGCAGAGUUUGCUUCAGAUUCCUUUUACCUCUCCCUUUGCCCCUUCCCUGAUCGCAUGCUCUCUCUAAAAUGAAUAAAUAAAAUCUUUUUUAAAAAAUCAAAAUAAUUACUAAACAAGAGAGAAAACAGUAAUAAAGAUCAGAAAUUAAUAAAAUAAUAGCACUUGGUAAAUAAAGAGCACAUUCUUCAGAAAUAAAAUAGACAGGGACACCUGGGUGGCUCAGCGGUUUGAUGCCUGCCUUCGGCCCAGGGUAUGAUCCCGGACUCCUGGGAUUGAGUCCCGCAUCAGGCUCCCUGCAUGGAGCCUGCUUGUGUCUCUGCCUCUCUCUCUCUGUGUCUAUCAUGAAUAAAUAAAAAUAAAAUCUUUUUUUAAAAAAUAAAAUAGACCUUAAAAAUAGACACAUUUCUGGCAAGGGAAAAAAAAAAGACAUCCUCUUGGAUGUCUCAUAAUUCAAACUUAGCUCAUCAAAUCUCUGAUUUUCUCUUAAAAUACUUGUUUCUUCACUAGUCUUAUAUCUCAAUAAAUUAUGCCAUCAUCUAAGUCAAAACCCCGAAGUUAUCCUUAACACCUCCACCUCUGUCACUCCCACAUUUAAUCCAAUAUCAGGAUAGGUCUCUUCUAUCUGUAUUGGAUAGCUAUGGUAUUCAUUACCUCAACAUUCUCAUUUUUUCUCUUGAAAACUGCCGCACUUCUCACUCAGAAGUACAUUUUCUUUCCUUUUUUUCUUCUCACUUCUUUCAUUUGCUUUUUUCCCCUCAGGUGCAGAGAUUUGAGGCAGUCAUACUAUUUGGUUCAUCAACAAGUCUUCUCAUUUUCUGUCAUCAACAAGUCCUUUCUCAUUUUCUUUUUCUCCUUCAUUCUAGUUAUUCAUGUUCCUUCCCUCACUUCUUAGGUAGCCACUCUAAUGUGUUUAAAGACAAAGACAUACAUAUAUGUCUUUGGAUAUACAUGUGUCUUUAAAUAAUAUAUCAUUUUAUGUAUGUUUUUAAAUGUACAUGAUUGAUAUUGUGUUAUAGAAAUCAUUGUUUCUUUUUCACAUUUCUGUAAAUACUUCUGACUAUUGCAUAGUAUUGUCAAAUGACUUUACACCCUUGGCCACUGGUCCUGGGCCAAGAUGUGCCAAUCAGGAUCCUUAUCCAGAAUUUUUGAACUGAAACUAAGGGGGAAAAAAAAUCCCUUUCCAGUGUGGAAGCCAUCAAAUAUAAAACACAGAAGCUGUCACAGUCAAAUGUCCUGCCACGUGGAACCAGCUGGUCUCCAAUGAAAAAGAAUGAAGCCAACAUGCAGAAAACAGCAGAGAACCAUGUGUGCUCAGUACUGCAUCUCCUUUGCUGAUGUUGAAAAAGCUCAUGUCAACAUUCAAGAUUUUAUUCACCUCACACCAGUGCUAACAAGCUUCAUUUUGAAUCAAGUAACAGGGCGCAAUCUUUUCUUCAAAUGUGAACUCUUUCAGAAAACUGGAUCUUUUAAGAUUCGUGGUGCCAUUAAUGCAAUCAAAGGCUUGACUCCUGCCACCUCAGAAGAUAAGCCCAAAGCUGUGGUUACUCACAGCAGUGGAAAUCAUGGCCAGGCUCUUGCCUACGCUGCCAAAUUAGAAGGCAUUCCUGCUUAUAUUGUGGUGCCCCAAACGGCUCCCAACUGUAAAAAAAUGGCAAUACAAGCCUAUGGAGCCUCCAUAGUGUACAGUGAACAGAAUGAUGAGUCCAGAGAAAAUCUUACAAGAAGAAUUAUGGAAGAAACAGAAGGCAUCAUGGUACAUCCCAACCAAGAGCCUGCAGUGAUAGCUGGGCAAGGGACAAUUGCUAUGGAAGUACUAAACCAGGUACCCUUGGUAGAUGCACUGGUGGUACCUGUAGGAGGAGGAGGAAUGGUUGCUGGAAUAGCAAUUACAGUUAAGGCUCUCAGACCUAGUGUGAAGGUAUAUGCUGCUGAACCCUUGAAUGCAGAUGACUGCUACCAGUCCAAGCUGAAAGGGGAACUGACUCCCAAUCCCUAUCCUCCAGAAACCAUAGCAGAUGGUGUCAAGUCCAGCAUUGGCUUAAACACGUGGCCUAUUAUAAGGGACCUUGUUGAUGAUGUCUUCACAGUCACAGAGGAAGAAAUUAAGUAUGCAACCCAGCUGGUGUGGGAGAGGAUGAAACUGCUUAUUGAACCUACAGCUGGUGUUGGAGUAGCCGCUGUGCUGUCUCAGCAUUUUCAAACAGUUUCCCCAGAAGUAAAGAACAUUUGUAUUGUGCUCAGUGGUGGAAAUGUAGACUUAACCUCCUUAACUUGGGUGAAGGAGGCUGAAAGGCCAACUCCUUAUGAAUCUGUUUCUGUUUAG